AAUUUCAAAUACCGUAUAUGUUUUGAAAAAACGCGCCACUAUAAAUACUUGAAUUCCUCUCCUCUUCAUUUAGAAUUACAGAGUAGCACACUAGCACUCUCCAGCAAAUAGAUCGAAGAUCAAUAGCUUAAGGAAUAUGAGAAAGAGAUCGGCGACAACGAGAAAGCCUAUGGCGGAGGACCUUCUGAAGACUCCGCCGACUGCGGCAGCGAAGAACCCUAACCGUUCCUCCAGCGAGUCUCCGAUGCCAUUUGAGUUCAAGUUCAGUGCGUUCAAUGCUACUACUCUGACGCCACCGUCAUCUUCGAAGGAGAGACGUCCAGGAAAGAGCUCUAAGCCGAUUCGGACCUCUAAGUCUCCGAUGUCGGUAGAGAAGUGCAAGACGAUAAACGAUCUCAAGGACUUCGCGACCUCUGGACUGAACUCCAUCAAACAGCAGCUCGAUUGCUCGCACUCCGAGAUCGUGAAGGACAUUGAGACCACUCAUUCUCGUAUUCAUAAGAGGAUCAAGGUUCAAACACAAGCUUGUCAGCAAAGAGCAGACGAAGCAGAGAGGGAGCAUAAGAAAAUGUCUGAGAGAAUCAAAGAAGGUCGGGAGGGAAUGCAAGAUUCAUACAGUGAAUUCAUGGCAGAAGUGCAGGCUAACUCAUCUCGUUUCUGCAAAAUAUCAAUUCCCGAGCUUUUGCAGUCAGUGGAGAAAGCCAUAGACUCACUAAGGAGUCGCUACGGCAUCUCCCCAUCAACUUUUGCUUGCUAAGAUUGCUCAAAUUUGGAAAUUGAGGCUUUUGUAUUGCUUAGUUGCAAUGUGCUACUCCAGAAACUUCAUAUCUCAGUAAAAGACUCAUGUAAGCGUGUUAAUUAUCUUGCUGUGGGUGCUGGUGGGGUAGUUUGAUUCAAUAUUGUACUCCGUAUUGCUUAGUGCGCUAAUACUGUAUCCCAUUGUGCGUGAACUAUUAAAUAUUCCAACUUAAAUGACC